GUUUAAAUCUCCGUCCGUUGGACGGUUGGGUUUCACACAACACGUCUCUGUUCACAACCAGUAGUUAAAUGGCCCGUAAGUGACGAGCGUUGGAUUGUUGAUAUUGUGUGUAAAGGGAAAAAACCAUCAAUAAAUAUGAGUGAUUCGAGUGACAAUAUAAAAUACAAGUGGACACCUGAGAGUACUAAGUUGUUGGUGUCAGUUUGGACCGACAAACAAGUCCAAAAACAAUUGGAAUAUGCAACAAAGCCGCAAACGGUUUGGGAGAGCGUUGCGCGUUACAUGCAGAAGAAGGGAUACAAUACUUCAGCUAAACAAUGCCGAUCAAGAAUGAAACAAGUACUCGUGUGCUACAGGGAGGCCAAAAAAUCUGGGACCCGUGCUGGCGUCGAACAAUAUUACGAAUCCAUUGACAAGGUUUUGAAAGAAAAACGGCAACUCCAAUCAAACAUCAAUGGGGUUGAUACCGUUGACAUAGGUGUGAAUAUAAAAUCACCCCCCAAGGAUGUCAAGACAAAUAAAAAUAUGCAGAUGCGUUAUCAGUAUCAAGAUCCCAUUGAAACUUUACUUCGUACCGAUGCUUUCUCUCCAACGUGGGAACAAAAUGAAGAAGAAUAUCCGGACUCACCGGAGUCAAAUGAAACGGUUCUGGCUCAACCGUAUCGUCCUUUUUCACCAGUCAGGGACGUCGGUACAAAUACCGUACAUCGUUUGACUCCAAUAAUGAAGAAAUCGUCAAUGAGGCAGAAUUCAAUUCCAGUUAAGGACUCGCCGAUACAUCAAACGUUUCGCGCAAAUUCCUUGCCAAAUAAUCGUUAUAGCGAAAUUCCAUUUCAAAACACCGUACAAAAUGUUCAAAAUCACAUAAUUCAAGAAAAUAUGCAGCAAAAUCAAGCUUUACUUCAACAAAAUUUACUGCAGGCUCAAAAUCAAUUGUUACAUCAAAAUAUGUUGCAUAGUAAUCCAAUGUUGCAGCAAAACUUACUUCAUAACACAAACCAGAUUUUACAAAGCCAAUUGCAACAAAACCCAGUGAGAUUGGCUAAUGAUAUCCAGCCUACCAUCAUGGUGAACCAGCAUCGGAUUCCACAAAAUAUUCAACGAACACAAAAUCAAUUCCAGCAGAGCUGUGCAAUUAACAAACAAGCCAUGCCUCAGGAACCAAGAAAGAGUUCUUUCCGACAAAACUUAGCUGCAACUUUUAAACAAUAUCAAGAUGCAGUUCCAUCUCAAAAUUAUAAUCCAAAUUUAAACCAAAUGGGUGUUCAAUUGUCUCCAGGUUAUAUGGCCGAUAUAGCGCCCAAUUUGAACGAUGCUUUUUGCGAAUCUUUGAAGCACGAUAAGUCCCAGAAUUUGAACGAAACUUUCAAUCAGCCUUUGCCUACCUAUAAUCCAACAUUUCUGCCAAGUCUCGAUGCCACAUCUUUAACAACGAAUGCUACUUUCAAUGAUGAUACCCUUUCCAUUGAGUUUUUACAAGACUCACCAACACCGUCAGAAAAUGCUGUCAACAAGUCCAAAGACUGCGCCAUAAAUACGGAGUCUGCACCUGAUGCACCGUUCAGGAAAAAAAAAGCACAAAAAUUGGAACAACUUAUGAUGAGUGCACUGAGUUCACAAAAUGAAGUUGUUAAUAAGAUUUUGGCAGCACAGAGUGAUAUGGUUACACGCUUCCUCGACAUCGAUAGAGAUCGCCAAAAUAGACUAGAAAAUCGUUUGGAUCACUUACUAAACGUUGUCCAUGCAACAGUGCUUAAUAAAAGUACAGAAAAAGAUGUUGAAAUACCUCCGCCUCUCCCAGAACCUCGAAUAAGUCGUCUAGCUCCACCUCCUAAGCCAGGAACUAUGCCACCCAAGUUAGAUCUAGUUCCACCAAAACCAUGUCGGGUACCAUGUACGUUACCUAAUUCUAAAAUCGAAUUAGUUAACCAAAAUCCAUUGUCAACAAGACCUGGGGUUGUAACUCCGGUCAUGAGUCCAAAUGGAAAGUUGGGUACUGUGUGGUCCAAACUUGGUCCAGUUUCACAGUCUCCUUUUAUAAGAGCCCAAAUGCAGCUUGGAUUUCAGCCAGUUAUGAACGCAGACAUGCGAACACAGUCUUCGGCAGAAAGACGUAUAGCAAAACAAGCAGGGUUGUUUAUGGAUACAAAAACAUUAAUUUCUGAGACUGUCAUUUUCCUAGAGUCAGAGAGAAGACUGGAAGAAAAAAUUGCGAAUGCUGGACGCCAAGCUCAAACAAGUCAAGAUCGAAAUGCAAGAAAUCAACAGAUCUGCAAUAAUGAAAAUGAAGUUGCAAUAAUCCUGACCGCUGCUUUCCUUGAUAUUGAGAGACAGGUUGACGAGAUGAUUGAAAAUGCGAGGAUUAUAUGGCAAAACAAUGUGGCACAAGAUAUGCGCGAAGAUGCUCGUAUUGAUAUGAAGCGUAAUCAACCAGCGAUAGAUAAGUUGGUUGCCGGGCAGGGUGAAGGGUAUGAAAAUCUAAGAGAUCAUAAUGUCAAGUCGCAGUGUGUCAACGAACCUAUGGAAAGUUCUACUCCAGCAAAACCUGCACGCCAAUUUAUUACAAACGCUAAAAAGACAACGAAUCAGUAUGCUGCAGUCAAGGAGCAUGAACGUCGAGUGAACUUCAACGAAGAUCAGCAAGAGAAUUCUAAACAAACAAUUCAACAGUUAGCUCAGUUGGUGAUGAAUAGUGGUCGCUGGCGCGACGCUGCCAGUCAACAUCAACAAAACAAGAACAGUGCCAUUCCAAAUAUUGGUUUUCAAACAAUUGCGCAAAAUGUAGGCUCCGGUUCAAGCAAAAAUCCUAGUAGUACAUCUUCUGACAGCGACAUACAAGCCAUGGGAAAGAAUUUAAACCCUUACUCGCAAUUCAGAUCUGGUACACAGAAUGGAGAGAAUAAAUUAUCAACGUUAAAUCAAGAUAGAUAUUCGUAUGGAGGGCGACCUUUGUACAAUAAUCAAAAAGCAGAAACAAUGGGCAACGAUGCUAGGCUGUCAUACACUGGUCGUACUAUGAGUACUCAAAUUCCAAUGGGUUUCACAACUGCGAACCUGUUGACCGAUGAUGAUCUCGACGAUGUACCAAUAAUGCCGUAUGGUAAGCAGAUUGGGUUUGUCAAUAUCGAUCCUUCGUCUUACAGGCAGCAAAAACGCUACUUUCCGGAUAUGGAUAAGGAGGAAUUUGUGGGCCAGAAGCAGCAGCACUUGCGAAAUGCAUAUAAUAAAAAUUUUGAGAAUAACCCAAGGAACUCUCAAAACAUUCCUCCGUUCAUGACCAGCAAUGGACAGAUGGUCAUGGCUCAGACUGAACAGAUGAUUCGACAAUACGUUAACGGUGCAUUAUCGAGAAGAGGUAGGAAUGAUAAGGAUACUGAUUCAGAUAACGAUGACGUUUACCUCGAUACUACGGCAAGCAUGCCACCGACAUCUUCGCGUAGAACAUCGUUAACUUCUAUGGGAACUGCGGUGUCAACUGUUUCUUCGAAAUCUGGAAAAACCGAAGCUACGAACUGUAUUAUCAGUUAGACUAAUCGACAUCAUUCGUCAUUUCAAUUUGUUUCAUUGAGAUUAAUGUCACAUCCAUCUUUAUAAGGAAUUUUAAUUUCUUUUAUC